GGUGUUCCGUUUCCAAUGGCGAAGUUGUGGAGUGUUGUGUUGGGUGUGGCAUUGUUGACGGUCCGCUCGGUACAGGGUCAAGGAUGCGGCGAACGUAAGGUCGAUUACGCAAAGCUGAUCUUGGGCGGAGAGGAUGCCAUCUCGGGUCAGUGGCCAUGGCACGCGGCCAUCUUCCAUCGGAUCGAGCGUACGUUCACGUACCAGUGUGGUGGUGCCAUCAUCAAUCAGAACACUAUUCUAACCGCCGCCCAUUGUGUGCGACUUAGUGUUGGUGUCAUCCCGGUGGACCGGUUGUCGGUGCAGGUAGGCCGAACGUAUCUGUACGCAGCGGAACGUCACACGCAGGAGCAUCAGGCCGAUCGGAUCAUCGUGCACGAAGAGUAUAGUGCGGCACUGGUGCGGCACGAUAUUGCACUGAUCAAGCUAGCCACCGACAUCAAGUUCACGGAUUACGUACAGCCUGUCUGCUUGUGGGAACGCUCGAAGGUGGACAUUGGGCUGCUGAUAGGACGCGUCGGUACGGUGGUUGGUUUCGGUAUCACGGAAAUAGGUGAGGUAGCCGAUCGGUUGCGUGUGGCCUACAUGCCCAUCGUGGACACCCAGACCUGCCUCGAAAGCAAUCGCAAUCUGUUCGGUCGUGUCUUGUCGAGAAAUAUUUUCUGUGCUGGGUUCCGUAAUGGAACAACGGUCUGUGGUGGUGACAGUGGAGGUGGCAUGUACUUCGAGAUCGAGAACCGUUGGUACAUACGGGGGAUCGUUUCGUUCAGUGGCCAGAACUGUCAGUCGGCCGAUUUCGCCGGUUUCAGCGAUGUCGCAACGUAUCUCGACUGGAUCAACCGAUACACGAGCGGGACGCAGAGCAGCCCGUAUUCGAGCACCGUCAUCGACAACCAACGCUUGCUGGCGCUGGAUGUGUGCGGUGUGAACAGCUACCCAUCAACACCUGAAGAUGCGAAACCCGUUUUUCAAGGUUAUCCCUGGUUGGGUGCGAUCGAGUAUCAGCAGGUCGGCACUGGGCAGCGGCGCGUACUGUGCCAAGCGACACUCAUCACCCUCCGAUAUGUUCUAACGGCGGCACAGUGCGUUUCCCUGCCAACGAAUUCUUAUCAAAUUGUUGCCGUGCGUUUGGGUGAGUUUGAUACGGUUUCCGAUCCGGAUUGUGCUAUUGUCGAGGGCAGGAGACAGUGUCAGUCACCGGUGCAAACAGUACCAGUAGAGGAAAUAAUCGUUCAUAAUGGUUUCAACAAUCCAGCGUUUGCAAACGAUCUAGCGCUGAUACGCCUCCGGCAGCAGGCCAACGUAAACCAAGAAAAUAUCAAGCCGAUCUGCCUGCCGUUCUCAACCGCACUGAAGUCUCACAAGCCAUCGUACUACAUUCGCACCGGAUGGCUCGCAAAAAGCACCAGCACCUUUCUGUACCGCAGUUUUCCAAGCUCGAUCGAAUCGGUUGGCUGCCAGGAUGCGUACAACGAUCAGGAUGUACCGCUGGAAAAGACUUACGGCCAGAUAUGCAUCCGACGGGACAAUCCAUCCUCGGGUGCUUGUACGUUCAACAUGGCCGCUACACCACUGCAGUCGGUGCAGUUGGUUGGCCCCAGUGAGCGGUACGUGCUGUACGGGUUGCUCUCCUUCGGGCCCAAGCGUUGUCUCGAAACGUACCCGGACGUGUACACGGCGAUCGCACCGUACGUCGAUUGGAUUGUUUCAAAUCUAAGGCCAUAAACGAUGCAUCGAAUUCAUUCGCUUACCGAAAUCAUACCGGCACGUGCCGUCGCCAGGUUGGUGAGAUAGAACAGCAUCCCGUUUGGUGCCCAGAUACCAACACGAUCGCCCUGCCGCAGACCGAGCUGAUGGAAGGAAGCCGCCAGACGAUCUACCUGUGCCGGAACAAAACAGACAAUGAGGACCGUUUUUCAUUCGCUAAGCCGAUGCGUCAUAAAGUGCGUCGCCGACAAUCGUGUCGCGUGUAAUUGAUCUUAAUUGGCUCGGGGCGUAACAGAAGCGACCGCCAUUCGGUGGCCCUUCAAUUAGGGUGUCUGCAGUCCCGGUAAGCGGCUUACCUUGUCUAGGACGGCGGCAUAGGUGAGCCUUGCGCCCGCCUCGUAGCAGGAUACGAUGGCUUCAUUGUUCGGGAAUCGGUCCGCUGCCAGGCGAAGAUGUUGACCGACGUUCCUGUGCACUAGGGGUUUGCUGCCAAUGUGGUGGAUGUAGCUUUGACGUUUCUCGUGCGUUCCAGGCGUAACGGUUGAUUGUGUGCGUAUCGAUUGUAGAAUCCUGAAGUGAGUAGGAGAUAAAUGUUUAGAAGAAUUAAUAAUAGCUGGUAAGGUUCAAUUUAAACAAGAGGAGAACAGGAGCUUUUUGUAGGUUGUCUCUUA